AUGUCGCUGGUGCCGCGGCUGAACCGCGGGGAAAUCGUGCUUCGCCACGGCUCUGCCGUCGUCGUCUACGAUGAGCGCUCGCGCCAGCUUUCGUUGCGCGCUAGGUCGCAAGGCCCCUCGGACGUCGACUUCGCGAACCCGAACUGCCCGUACUGCCACCGGCCGCUGCGCGACGAGGCGCGAAGCCCCACUGACGACAGUCCUGACGACAACGAACAUGGCUUCGUGAACCCAGAGUACUUUCGCAUGCUGCAUCACAGUCGCCCAAGCUCCGAAACCUCGUCGCGACAGCCUUCUCCACAGCCCAGAGCGCCGCCUCGAAGAGCGUUACGUCAGACGUCCGGAGGUUCAGACAUCAGCACUCCGCCUCCGGGCGCCGAGUUCGUGGGCAGCGCGCCCGCCACUCCUGCGGCGCCUCAUGGCAUCUCGUCGAGCGCAUUUAGUCAGAACUAUUUCAAAACAUUCUUCGUUGAAGAGGGUGAGCUUGGACGGGGUGGCAAGGGCGUGGUGCUACUGGUGAGGCAUGUGCUUGAUGGUGUGUCUCUGGGCCACUUCGCGUGCAAGCGCGUCCCCGUUGGAGAUGACCACGAGUGGCUGGAGAAGGUCCUGGUCGAGGUACAGCUUCUCCAGAACUUGUCACAUCAGAAUCUCGUGUCGUACAGGCAUGUCUGGUUGGAAGACUACCAGAUCAGUGCUUUUGGACCGAGCGUGCCGUGCGCUUUCAUUCUGCAGCAAUACUGCAACGCCGGCGACCUGCACCAUUACAUCCUUAACCAGGCCAAGGCCUCUGUGACCACACAAGAGCUCAAAGAGAGGAUGCGCCGUAGGUCCAAGGGGCAUGCAGAGCCACCGAUUGGACUCAAUUCGCCACGCCGCAUGCCCUUUGAGGAGAUAUAUUCCUUUUUCAAAGACAUCACCGCCGGUUUGCAUCAUUUGCAUUCCCACGGCUACAUUCAUAGAGACCUGAAACCUCACAAUUGUCUGCUUCACACGGUCGGUUCCAAGACAAGAGUUCUAGUCAGUGACUUUGGCGAAGUACAGAUGGUCGACGUUGUGCGAAAGUCUACCGGCCACACUGGUACCAUCUCCUACUGCGCUCCCGAGGUCCUCCGCCGAGAGGCUGACGGAGAGUUCGGCAAUUUCACUACCAAGUCAGAUAUCUUUUCUCUGGGGAUGAUCGUCUAUUUCAUGUGCUUUGGCAGACUGCCUUAUCAGAACGCGGAUGACUUGCAUGAGGAGAAUGAGGACUUGGACCAGCUCAGAGCCGAGAUUGCUAGCUGGCAAGGCUUCGACGAUGUGCGUAAAGCGCGGUCAGAUCUUCCAGACAAGCUCUAUAGCUUCCUGAAGAGGCUGCUGUCCCUGAACCCAGCAGAGCGACCUACCACAGAGCAGAUAUUGCAUGGAAUCGGGGCUGGAUCCGGUCUAGAAGACAUCAACGGGUUCGGUCCCAUGUUCGACGACAUUGGCCCCCGAAUCUCUUCAGCGGAAUCGCCAUCCCCCAGCCCGAGCAAGCUACAACGCCGCCAAUCGACUCAGGCAGGCCUCCUGCGCGCUGCCCCGUCGAAGCUCCGCCAGCAAGCAAGCGCAGAGGAUCACCGCUCUCCCAGCCCACCGAUGAGCCGCAAGCCACCAUCUUCGGCCAGCCGGACGCCCACUCCGCCCGACUCUGCCGGCCUGAUCCUCCGCAAACGCAAGCUGGAGAACUACUCACCUCCUCCAUCCAGCCCACACCACCACCACCACCACCCUCACCACCCUUCCUCACCCACCUCGCCCGCGCGCCUCAUGCUCCCACCCUCGCCCUCAUCCACCUUCAUCCUCUACGUCCACAACUUCCUCACCACGCCCGCCGUCGUCAGCGCCAUCAAACUCACCCUCUUCCUCGUCAAGAUCCUCUCGCUCUCACGCCCCUGCGCCCCCUUCGCCGCCAACCCGUGGGUCGCGUACCCGCUGCUCUGCCUCGCCGCCCUCGACUUCGGCCCCUUCCUCGGCACCGUCGUCUCGUACUACCCGUACAGCUGGCGCAGCGGCGGCAGCGGCACGGCGCGCUUCUCGCAGGUCGGCCUGCUGGGCUCGCUGGUCAUGCUCGUCGUGCACGUCGCCGUCACGGCGGUGGCGGCGCGGUGGGACUGCUUGUGCGCGGCGGGCGCGAAUGGCGCGGGUGCAGCGCGGGGUGGUAUGGCGGCGGUGGGGGUGGAUUGGCGGGAUUUUGAGGGAGAGGGGAUCUGA